AUGCUGAUAAAUCACGCGCGCAUCGCUUCAUCAGGCCAGGCUUGCCAACAUCGCAAGGUCAAGUGCGACCUCGAAAACGGCCAGCAGCGCUGCAGCCGCUGCACGCGCCUCGACCUCAAGUGCGUCGUCAACAAGAGCCUGCAGACGCUGCUGGACGGCGAGAAUGAGUGGAAGACGCAGAUGGAGGCCAAGGUCGAGGCCCUGCAAACGGCAUUGGCUGACGUGCAGCGCGUCCUCAACGUCAAUCAGCAGCAUCAUCAUCAUCACAACGGGACCUUGGUUGCAGCCGACAGUCGUCACGCCUCUGUGUCACAGCAGCAGCAUCAGCCGCAGUCUCAGUCUCAGCCUCAGCUGUCGCAGCAACAUGGGCCAUCACCAGUCAUCUCCCAGGGCGGCGCGACGCAGUCUAGCCUCUCGCCCUCGCUUCACCGGACCGCCACGGCCAUGACCCGGGAAAACUCCAUCGAGCCUGACGAGGCGCCCGAUGGCGGCGACCCCCAGGCCAUCGUCAACGCGCCCAUGGCCAGCCUGUUUGAGGCGACCAAGCUGCGCAACAUCCGCAGCGACCCCUGGACGCACCACCAUCGCCGCCAACAGCAGCAGCAGCAGCAGCAGCAACAGCAGCAGCAGCAGCAGGCCCCUCACCACCGCGGUAGCCGCGGCCAGCACCCCUCCGCAUCGUCAGCCUCAUCGCCCGUCGAGGCCGACUUCAUCGCCCAGGGCCGCGUCGCCCUUCGCGACGCCGAGCACCUCUUCGACACCUUUCGCGGCACCCUCAACGCCUACCUCUGGGGCGGCAUCGCCCUCGUCCACGAGACCCUCGACGCCGCCCGCGCCUCCUCCUCCAUCCUCACCGCGGCCAUCCUCGCCGUCACCUCGCUGCACACCCAGGACGAGGGCCGCGCCUUCGACGUCUGCUACCCCGUCUUCCUCCAGCUCGUCAGCCAGGCCGUCUUCGACCGCUACCACACCCUCGACGACGUCCGCGGCCUCUGCAUCGGCGCCUUCUGGCUCUCCGACCUCAGCUGGAAGCUCUCCGGCCUCGCCGUCCGCAUCGCCACCGAGCUCAACCUGCACCAGUUCUGCGCAAAGUCGCUGCGCGACAGCGCCAACUACGGCGACGAGGCCCGCCUCUGGUACUUCUUGUACGUGUGCGACCACCAUUUCAGCAUCGCGUACGGCCGCCCGCCCGUCAUCAGCGAGACGCCGACCAUUACUUGUCAUGAGCACUUUCUGCAGCGCCCGGACGCGACGCAGUCGGACUAUCGGCUGCACAGCCAGGUUGGCAUCUUCAUCAUCCUCAGUCGAGUCUUUCACGCUUUUGGUCCCGAUCGGUCGCGCAUGAUUGGCAACGACGAGUUUGAGGCUCUACGACGCUUUGAUGCCGACAUGGGGUUCUGGCGCGACCGCUGGAAGGACAAGCUACAGCCAAAUAAAUACGUGUCGCAAUAUCCGGCCAAGGGGGUAUAUCUGCACUACCACUUCGCCCGGCUCCUGCUCUUCUCCAUCUGCCUGCGCGGCUUGCGGCCCUCUGGCGUGUACGCCAUGUCGCCCGAGCGCCGGCAGUUCGUCAACAAGGCCAUCAGCAGCGCCACGGCCGCACUCGACCUAAUCCUCAACGACCCGGACAUGCGCGCCUCCAUCAUCGGCGUGCCGCUCUACCUCCUCACGACCAUGGCGUACGCGUGCCUGUUUUUGAUGAAGUGCCAGGCGCAGUGGCAGUCGGCCAACCUGAGCAUCAGCUACGACGAGGUGGUGCCGCUCAUCGAGGGCGCCAUCGCCGUCCUCGACGCCACCCGGCCUUGCGUCCGCCACGUCGCGCACUACCUCGGCACCGGCCUCGGCAGCAUGCUGGACAAGUUCAAGGAGCGCCACCACCUCGAGAACCGCAAGAUGGAGGAGGGGGAGCAGGCCGCGGCCGCGGCGGCCACCACCGCGCAGCAGGUCUGGGCGCAGCAGGGCGAGAUGUGGCCGGACUGGAACGCGUGGAUGUUUGGCAACGCCGGCGGCGGCGGCGACUUGGCACAGCAGACGACGCUGAACCAGGACAAUUUUGGGCUAAACUUUUUGGAUGCUCUCAACUCGCAAAUGCCGGGCUGA